AUGGACAAACAAAAAUCGACAAUAACUGCUGCUGGUGGAUUAUCAACAAAGGCUGUCACCACCAAUCAUGCUGCUGUGCUACCCCAACCUGUUCGCCGAGUACUCCAAAAUUUUCUUCUGAUCUGGCUUGAUGCCAAUUUCGAUGAAUCCAAAGAUCACUAUAACAAGUCAAUACAAGAUCUACAACAUAUUGUAGCAACAAUCACAACAUUUACAGAUGUUGAUCAAUGUGUUGAUUUUCUCAGUGACAUUGAAGAUGAAAAAGUAUGGAUGAUUGUGUCUAAUGCACUGGGACAACAUAUCGUACCAGAAAUUCAAGCUUUGUCACAAUUACACUCAAUUUAUGUUUUCUGUGACAAUCAAUCGAUUCAUCAACAAUGGGCCAAAACAAUACCUAAAGCAAAAGAACAUGGUCGAUCAUCAUUUUCAGUAGAAUCACAACGUGAUCGUGAUUCAUCUUUAUUUGUAGUAGAGCCGGAACGUGGUUCAUCAUCAGCAGUUCCAGCAGAACCACAACAUGGUUCAUCAUCAUCUUCAGUAGCACCACAACAAAAUUCAUCUUUAUUUUUAGUAGAACCAGAACGUGGUUCAUCAUCAUCAGUAGAACCAGAACGUGGUUCAUCAUCAUCUAUAGUAGGAGCCAAACUUACUUUAUAUUCUCAUGAAAACAAUAUUAUUGUAUUGCAAACAAUAUUUUUAUCAUCAUCAUCAACGACGUUAUCAGUCAAUCCUGAUUGUGAAAUCAUUAAUGAAGGUGUUAAAAAACAAGCAUUACCAUCUGCUCGAACAAAACAUCGUUCACAAUAUUUACACGAAUGGGAAAAGAAACCUGAACCACAUUUUAAAACUUAUAUCUACGAUGAUUUUGGUUGUAAACAUGAAAGAUUUAUGUGUUGGUUAUACUUCGACAAUAACUCAAUGUUUUGUCGUCUAUGUCAAAAAUUUGGAAAAUAUAGGAAUGUUAAUGCACAUAGUCCACCAGCUGUUGAUGAAACAAUUUUAAAUCUUGAAACUAUAAUUAGUUCACAGUCAUUAUUAGCUUACCUCCAAGAAGCAGCAACUGAUGUUGCUUUAUCUAUUAGUGAACGUGAAUCAGCAAAAGAUCUAUUAAAAUCUAUUUUGAACGACGACUUUUUAUUAGCUCUACAUUUCCAGUAUGAUCUUCCUGAAACUAUUUUAGAAAGCUGGACAUGUGAAUUUUCAUCAACAGUUGGUCCUGCAUUAUUCGAUUAUCUUCAAUCAACAGCUGAAGAAUCAUUUGGAAGUUUUAGAGUAACUGUUGGUGAUCGUAAAAUGCAUUUAAAUAAUUGUUUAGAACACAUUCAUCGUCUUCUACAAGAACUAGAUAAACGAUUUACUCCAUCUAGAUUACAGGAGUGUUUGUCUAUUUUGUUUGAUCCACAAUAUUUGAUUAAAAACAAGAGAAAUAUAAGUUGUCUUGAUUAUGGAAGAUCUGAACUAGAUUUUCUUCGUCAAAAAUACAAUAAAUUUCCUAAUUUUGAUUCAAAUAUUGUUCGUAAUGAGUGGGAGUCUUUAAAGCAACCAUUGAGUUAUUUUGCAAAUACUUUUUCUACUGUUCAAUCUACACAAACGUUUUGGAAAGAUUUUAUUGCUUUAAAGGUCACGACAACUAGUAAUUUUCUAAGUCAACAUAAAAACAUUUUAUUAUUAUUAAAUAUAUAUUUAAUUUCACCGACUAACUCUGCAGAAUGUGAAAGAGGUUUUUCUGCAGCUAAUCGUAUUCAAGCAACAGGAAGAUCACGUUUAAAAAUUUCAACAUUGGAUAUUUUAAUGACUAUACGAAUGUUAUUAAAAGACGACUUACGAAGUUCAAGGUGUCAAGAAGUUGUUAAUAAAACUUUUGAGUCUUGGAGUGACUUAAAUCAUAAUCGUCGUCUUCAUCAAAUACAGCUAUUACUCGAUACAUCAGAUGAUUAUACACCAACUAAUCAAGUUCGUUCAGUUUCCAAGCGAAGUCGAGAUUAUCUUCAAUUAGAAUUUAUUGAAAACAAAAAGAAAAAAAAUCAAAGUGCUAAUGGUUGUAAACGAGAAACUUCUGGAACUGAUCCUAGUGAAAAUGAAGCAAUACUGUGUUAUCAUCAGAAUGAACAAUUUCAAUGGAUUGAUUUGGACGAGAACUAUUCAAGAUGGUUGUGCAAUUAUUGUAGAAUUAAACUUGCUAUAGCAGAGGAUCCAGUAUGGUUCUGCGAUGAUCAUGUAGAUAUGCAUCGGGAAGAAGAUGAAAAUGAAAAUUUUGAUUGA